AAUUACCCCGACUAGUCCAAAACGAAAAAUCCCCAACCGUCAAGCAAAUUUUCGCUACAUUCCAUCGCCUUUCCCAGCGGCCCGCAAUGGACUCGAGCGACUACAUUUUAGAAACUUUAAGAAAAGACAUCACCGAACACGACCUACAAAUUAAGGCCAUCAUCCAGGACAUCAACUCGUGCGUCGGACCGUUGGCGGAAUUGCACGGACUGAACAGCGCGGGACGUUCGAAAAUCUCGGCGCUACGAAAAUUCAUAGACCGAUUCGGGGACAUCGCCAAGGAGCGCAAAAACCCCACGUUUUUAAAAGACCUGAUGUUUUACAGGGAGCAGCUGAGCAGCACGAUGGACGCUUUCAAGAAAGCCAACAUUAAGUCGAUGCUGGCGAUUGAAAAGGGGGCGAAAGAGGAGUUGAUGAAGCAGAAGAACGAAGAGACGGUGUUGCGGCAGCGGCAGAAACGGGAUAAGGAGAACGUGGCGAAGAUGAGUUCUAAUAUUACAGAGCAGUUGUUGUCGAUUAGUAGGCAGUUGGCUGACACCACGAAACGCAGCGCCGAUACUUUGGACGCUUUGGUCACUUCCUCUGAUACCGUAAUCGGGUCACAGGAAGAGCUGAAGGUGACUUCCAGCACGAUUAGCCAGUCUGGGAAGCUUUUAGCGAAGUAUGGCAGACGGGAAUUCACUGAUAAAAUACUUAUGUUUUUCGCAUUUAUCUUUUUUGUAGCGUGCGUGUUCUACAUUGUACAAAAAAGAUUGUUUUAAAUUAAUUAUUUAUUAAUAGAGUAUGAACCAAUUUUUUAGUUCCUUAAAAAAGUCGACAUCAACAUUUACUUUAAAUAAAUGUAACGCGUAUUUUCCCGGCGUCAUUUUUAAGAACCUUUGUUCUUCCCCGUUGUGUUCCAUUAAAAUGCAAGGCCUCUUCUUAGAGUGACCUUAACACUCACGAAUAUCAAGAAGAUAAAUUAUGACGCAUUUCCAUUUGAUAAAUAUAGUUCGUCCACUGUUUUGUCCAUUAUUAUUUGAGUCGGUAAGAUGAAGUGGUUACACACAGUUUCAACUCUCGUGUUUUUGGUGUUGAUUUUCAACGUCAACGGUCUCCCAGCCCCAUUUUUGAAGUUAUUUGGGGCUGAAGACUAUUAUUAUCCCUCUCAGAGCAGACCCAGAAACCAUGGAAGAUCGUACGGUUUCAACGAAGGUGGUAAUCGACGGUAUAAAGCCAUCUGUAGAAUCCACGCCGUUGACUCUCUAGCGUUUCCGGGUAGAGUCGGAAAACCAAUUUGCCCAUAUUAAUCAGUUGUUUACAUUCAACGAAGUACGAAUACCCCAACGCCAUUAGUAUUCACGCCCAGUACCACACAACCUCAACCUUAACAAUGGGAUUCGUCACCAGAAGUCACUCAAUCCAGAAAUAACACAAAGUCAUAGUUUUUAUUGUCCUAUUACAUACAAAUAAAUAUAUACAAAUCUA